UAGAAACAAAUAGAUUGUUGAAACAUAUUGUAUGACGUCCAUAAAUGUUUUGCAACAUUAGGAAACAGUUUUUCAUAUUAAGAAUAAUGGAUCCAGCUGUUCUACUAUUCAAAACAGAAAGAGAAUAAAACUGGAAGACACGAGUAUUGAAACGCACACAUGCAAGACAGCAGAGUCCCUAUCUGAUGAUGAAUCGUUCCUAGACUCACAGUCACAAAGUUUGUCACAAAUUUCUUCUUGGAGUCAGGAAAAUAUGGAAACAUCUUUAUCUGACCUAAAUAAAGGAAUUGACAUCAUAAGUAGAGGCUAUUCAAGUCCUGUCAAAUUUCAAGUGAGAAGUGAUAUAAGUACCCUAAAACCUUCCACGAAAAGAACUGUGAAACGUAAAGUAGUUUCAGCCAUUGACACUGUCCUUAAUGGUAUAGCUCCAGGUCAAAGUCAGGCACUUUUUAAGAUGAUUCAAGAUAAAGACCCAGAAUCUGCCAACUCAUCUGAACUUCAAGAGAUCAUUGUAAAGAUUCAUCAGGAGAGUACAGACAGAAACACAAAACAGCAACUUUUGUCAUUGAUUGCCUUGUCACAUACUAAGAAAGAUCUUCAACAGCUUAUACCUGGGCUGACAGUGUAUGCAAUUAAUGAAGCCAGGAAACAUGCUAAAACUAAUGGCCAUGGUGCUAUAAUACCUAAACAGCUCCCAGUCUUUCGACAUAGGAUGGAUAAAGACAAGUUAGACCAUGCCUUAGAUUUUUUCUUCAGUCCAUCAUUUCACCAGGUCUCAUCCUUUGGUGUAAAGGAAAUGAAGUUGGACAAUGGAAAUACAGUAACAAUACCUGAAGUAGUGAGAACUGCAUGUCAUGCCACUCUUAUAAACGUGUAUACAAAAUUUUGUACAGAAACUGAAUUCCUGCCUUUAUCAAGAUCCACUUUAUUCAAAAUUCUAAAUGCAUGUCCAUCUUCAAGACGAACAAACCUGAAAGGCCUCGACAAUUGUGCCGCUGAUGGUGGUGCAUCAUAUGAGACAUUGUUAACAACAGUCAAGGAAAUGGGUAACUAUGUUGUUGAUGAGGAAGUGCAAGUAGAGUUGCGUGACUGCAAGGACAGUUUAAAUGCCAGUAAAAUUUACUUGAAGACAGACUUUAAAGCACACCUCAGGAAAUGUGAUAAAUGUCCAGAUCACUGUAUCAAUUAUUCAUUGAGUGAUCCAACAGACCAACAUCUUCAACAGCACUGUGUCGACCAUCAGCAUGACAUGGUAUGUGAGAGAUGUAAUUUACUUCCACAAGCAGUCUCCACCAUCAAAAGACGUCUUUCUGAAUUAGACAUACCAGAUGAAGUUAGAAAUGAUCUGCUUGCCAGUAUAGAUGUAGCUGAGGCUAAGAUUCUUGAAUGGAAGAGUCAUAUUGUAAGAGGUGUCAACCAAGAUCUAGCAAGGAUCCUACUAUUAGAGGAAUUGAAAGAUGAAGAAUGUCUCAUAAUCAUGGACUGGGCUAUGAAAUUCCUUCCUUUAGCAUUUCGUGAGAAACAGAGUGAUUGGUUUGGCCAAAAAGGAGUUAACUGGCAUGUUUCAGUGUGUAUUUUUAAAGAUGAAAAUCAGAAUUUAAUGCAAAGAACAUAUACACAUACAAUGGAUGCAGUUAAACAAGAUUGGGUUGCAGUAGCUUCCGUGUUAGAGCACACUUUAAGAACAAUAAAAAUUCAGCUUCCCAGAAUCAACACAGUAUACUUGAGAAGUGAUAAUGCAGGAUGCUACCAUUGUGGCAGUCUUUGGUUGGCUAUACCUAAGAUCACUGAAACAACUGGCAUAACAAUUGCACGGUAUGACUAUAGUGAGCCACAAAAUGGUAAAUCAUAUUGUGACGCAAAGAUUGCCCAUAUGAGAGGGAAAAUCAGAAGAUCAGCUGCAUCUGGUAGUGAUGUUUUAACUGCCUCAGAUAUGAAAAUGGCCAUUGACAAACAUGGUGGAGUAACAUCCUGCCAAGCAGCAUAUGUAGCUGUAGAUCCUAAUUCUCUCGUUAAGAAGAUCACCUGUCCUAUUAAGGCAAUUACAAAGAUUUCAAAUGUCAGAUUCAACAACGAUGACACAAUAACAGCCUGGAAGGCAUUUGAAAUUGGAAAUGGGAAGAAGAUUUCUAUAAAUAGUACUUUAAAUGAUGUAGAAUUGAAUGUUGAUGUCCAUGCAAACUUUACAAUUCCUACACAACCUGAUGGUAUUAUAAAAAAACCAACUAUGCCAAAACAGACAGAUUCAGAGUCAUUUAACAUCAGUUGUCCAGAAAUUGGCUGUAUACUGUAUUUUGAAUCGUACAGUGACAUGAACAACCAUUGUCUGCUAGGCAACCAUGAACACCAAGAUCAUAAAGGAAGCACCUUUAAUGAUAUUAAAUUGAGAUGGAAGGAGUCGUGCUUUAACCUAACUGAAGACACAAUCAAAUUCAGAUGUGAGACUGGGUUAAAGCAAGGCGCCAAUGAACAAAUAAUGGGAUGGGCCUUAAAGAAGGAAAGAAAGGUUGUAAGAUUUUCAGACAAUGUAAAAUCUUACUUGAGCAACAUUUUUGAAGAAGGUGAAAGAAGUGGAAUUAAAGCUAAUCCUUUAACUGUUGUCAGGAACAUGAGAGUGGCAAGGGAUGAAAAUGGAAACAAAAGGUUCACCCCUAAAGAAUAUUUAGAACUUGGACAGAUUGCAUCCUUUUUCUCCAGAUUGGCUGUUAUGCAGAGAUGUAAAACACCAAUUGCAGAUAUUGACCAAGAUCUUGAUGCUGUUAUUCUUGCUUUAAACAAGGCUGAUGCUGUUGAACGAUUAUUGUGAAAAACUUUUUUAAUCAUGUAGUUUA